AUCGAUAACACGACCUGUGGAACAACGCACGUGUUUACUUUUUUCGGCAACGCAGUUUCUUUUCGCAUUCAUUUUCUCGGGCUGUAGACUGAAUUUCCAGCAAAAAUGGGCAGACAAAAUCGCUCCCGCAAGCGUCGCGAUGAAAUGAACAAAAUAAAGAAGGCGCGCUACGACGCCAAGGAGUUGAUUCGUCUGAAGAAGACGCUGGGCCUGCUGGAUGCCGAUGGCAACGAGAUCAUGAAGGAUAUUGCCGAUGUGGUGGAAAUCAAAACUUCCAAGGAGAUCAAGCGGGAGGCCAAGACCAGGGAGCAGCAGGAGCUGAUCUUCGAGCAUCAGGAGAGCCUGGAGAAGGGCCAGAAGGUGAAGGUGACCAACGACAAGACUGGCGUGGAGCAUGUCUUCAACAGCAAGACUCUCAAAGAUCAGUACGGCAAUUAUCCGGCCUGGUUCAAGAAGAAGAAGACCGCCAAGCGUCUACGCAAGAAGCAGCAUUCGCAGAAAAAGAACUUCAAGCAGGCCUGGACCACAGUUAACGUGCCGCUCUAAGACACCGCUGGGGGAAGGGAUUGAAACGCAUAGGUAGAGUAAGUUCAGGUAGAGUCUGGAAGAGCUGGUAGGCGCAGCAGAGUGCCUACAAAAGCAGCCAGCCGACUUGUGUAUGUUAUAGAUAAGAGUUUAUAUUGCAUAUUAAAGCCUUAAAAC